UGUGUUAUCAUUGGACAGGGUACGCGGUAGGGGGUGACUAUGGAUGUGCUAAAUAAUUUCUCCUUCUGCAACUAGUAAUAGUUUGCCAGGUCAGUCCGUUACUGUACUUGAUGAUAAUGUGGCAUGACCCGGAAAUAAAACCCACUAGUAUUAAAUCGGGUCCGGGCACAAUUCCAUCCUGACUCAACCAAGAAAAGAAUCAGCCAAUUUGGAUAAACGGAGCUCCAUUUUCAAACUCCCAUCUUCUCGUACUCGUAGUUAUUCUCCCAUGUGAGGUAAAACAAGCUCAGUUUUGGCGGUUAAACCAGUGAAGCAAAACCCUAGGUGGUCGUGACUGUAAUUGGCGAACAAGAAAAGGAAAGAAAGAGCAAAGGAAUCAAAUCAAAAGUCAAAACCCUAGGUCGUCGUGACUGGAAUUGCUGAACGAAGGAAAGAAAAGGGAGAAGGGAAAGAAAAAUGGAAUCGGUGGCGGAGGGACUGUGGGGACUAGCGGACCACCAUGAGAAGAUGGGGGAGAUAGGGAAGGCAAUCAAGUGCCUGGAAGCUAUCUGCCAGAGCACAGUCUCUUUCCUCCCCAUCGUCGAGAUCAAGACUCGCCUCCGCAUCGCCACUCUCCUCCUCAAGCACUCCCACAACGUCAAUCACGCCAAAUCUCACCUCGAACGCUCCCAACUGCUUUUGAAGUCCAUUCCUUCUUGCUUUGAGUUGAAGUGUAGAGCAUAUAGCUUACUCAGCCAGUGUUAUCAUCUUGUGGGAUCUAUUCCUUCACAAAAACAGAUAUUGAACAAGGGUUUGGAGCUUACGACAUCGUCUGCAGAUGGGUUACACGGGUUUGCUGGGAAGUUAUGGUCGUGCAACUUCAACUCGCAGCUUGCAAAUGCUCUGAUAAUUGAAGGAGAUUAUCAAGGUUCAAUAUCUGCUUUGGAAAGUGGAUAUAUUUGUGCAACCGAAAUACAUUAUCCAGAGUUACAGAUGUUUUUUGCAACUUCUAUCUUGCAUGUGCACCUCAUGCAGUGGGAUGAUGUAAAUUUAGUUGAAAGAGCUGUCAACAAAUGCAAUGAGGUUUGGGAGUCCAUUGAGCCAGAUAAAAGACAAAAAUGCCUUGGUUUACUCUUUUACAAUGAACUGCUGCACAUAUUCUAUUCACUACGAAUAUGUGACUACAAAAGUGCUGCUGAGGGUGUUGAAAAAUUGGAUGGUGCUAUGAAGGCUGACUUGCAGCAGAUGCGGCAUGUCCAAGAGCUGACCAAGGAGCUCAAUGCACUGAAUCAAAGUCUCUCUCAGUCUGACCUACACUACAGAGAUAGGUCUGCGCUUUCUAAAAAACAAGCUCAACUUGAAGAACAACUCAGUAAUACUCGAUUGAGUGCAGCAAGAAAAGAUUCUUUAGAACCAACAUAUUCUGGAAAUGUCAGACAAGACUGGGUAGAUAAGCUUGGGUUGGCUCCACAUCCUAUGGAUGGGGAGUGGCUACCGAAAAAUGCUGUUUAUGCACUGGUUGAGCUUAUGGUUGUCAUUUUUCAGCGUCCAAAAGGACUUUUUAAGGAAUGUGGAAGACGGAUUCAAUCUGGAUUACAAACUAUUCAAGAGGAGCUGGUGAAGCUUGGAAUCACUGAUGGUGUGAGAGAAGUGGAUUUGCAACACUCUGCAAUAUGGAUGGCUGGUGUGUAUUUGAUGCUUCUAAUGCAGUUCCUUGAAAACAAAGUGGCUGUGGAACUCACACGGUCUGAAUUCGUCGCAGCACAAGAGGCUUUGGUGCAGAUGAGGAAUUGGUUCAUUCGUUUUCCAACAAUUUUAGAGGCUUGUGAGAGCAUUAUUGAGAUGCUUAGAGGGCAGUAUGCUCAUUCUGUUGGCUGUUGUAGCGAAGCCGCCUUUCAUUUUAUUGAAGCAGCAAAGCUGACUCAGAGCAAAUCGAUGCAAGCUAUGUGCCAAGUUUAUGCAGCUGUAUCUUACAUCUGCAUUGGUGAUGCGGAAUCUUCUUCAAGGGCUCUUGAUUUGAUUGGACCAGUUUUCAGAAUGCUGGAUUCUUUUGUUGGAGUCAGAGAGAAAACCAGUGUCCUUUUUGCUUAUGGUUUUCUAUUGAUGAGGCAGCAGAAUCUACAAGAAGCACGAAUGCAGCUGGCCACUGGCUUGCAGACCACACAUACUCGUUUGGGGAAUCUUCAACUUGUUUCACAGUAUUUGACGAUCCUUGGCAAUUUAGCACUUGCCCUUCAUGACACUGGACAAGCCAGAGAAAUCUUAAGAUCGUCCCUUACACUUGCAAAGAAGCUCUAUGAUAUCCCAACUCAGAUCUGGGUACUAUCAAAUUUGACAGCUUUGUAUCAUGAAGUGGGUGAGAAGGGGAACGAAAUGGAGAAUCUUGAAUAUCAAAAUAAGAAAGCUGAUGAACUGCAAAAGAAACUUGCGGAUGCACAUGCAUCCAUUCAUCAUAUUGAACUUAUCGACCAAGUAAAAAUAGAAGUACAUCGACAGCAUGAGCUUGAGAGCAAGCGUGCAAUGGCAAGUCCAUCCAUGAGAGUCAAUCUCGACAUUCCUGAAUCUGUUGGUCUUUCAAACCAGUCACCCGCUCCAUCAUCAAGGCUCAUGGACUUGGACAUUGGGAGACGUGGAAAGAGGAAAAUUUAGUUCCCAACUUGCUUAAUAUUUUUAUUUUCUUUAUUAAAAAAUGGAAGUAAUCUACAUUUUUUUUUUUUUCGGUUUUUUAUUUUUAUUAUUUUUAAAAAGGUCAGCAUAGAAGUUAUGCUGGUUCCUUUUGAACUAUAGGCAUCAUUGUGAAGAUGUUGUCCAGAACUGUAAUAUAAUGAAUGCUACCAUCAUUGUAUCUUCUCCUUCUUAAUGUUAUGCUACCAUCAUCAUGUCUUGGUUCUGCUA